AUGGAUAAAUAUAACAUAUUUGAUGAUCUACCAAUAAAUCCAACAAAUUCAAAAUCAAAUAAUAAUAAUAUUCCAUUACCAACUGAUAAUUUUGAUCAAUUUUUUCAAGAUCAAAAUGAAAUUGAUUUUUUAUUUAAUGAAACUUUGAAUAAUUUACAAGAUUUAGAUGUCCCCAGUGGGUUUGCACAAUUAAAUCAACCACAACAACAACCAGCAGCUCCAAAUUCUCAUAAUUAUUCAAGAUCUAGAUCGGGUAAUGCUCAUGGUCAUUCACGUCAAUUAUCAGGUACUGCUAUAUUUGGGUAUACGCAACAUAAUCGAGAUUUAUCAAUUGGUGAAUUUUAUAAAAAUCAGACUAGUCAAACACCAAAGAAUUAUAAACAACCAACUGAUUUAAAAUCAAUAAGUCCAGGAGACUUAUUAAAACAAACAAAUAAUAAUAACAACCUAAAUGAUUUUGUCGAUAAUGAGAUUUUAAAUUUCAAUUUUGAAGAAAAACCAGUAUUAUUAUUAUUAGAAGAAGAUGAAGAAGAAGAAAAUAAUGAUAAUGUCAAAUAUCAAUCAUCCCCAAUUAAACGAAUAACAACUCCCAAGACUCAAAUUAAGAAUACUACAUCAAUUACACAACCACGAACUCAAAAACAAAAUGAAUAUAUUGUGACUAAUGAUAAUCCCAGAAGUUAUAAAUUCCCACCCUCUCCAACUCCAACUAGAAUACAGCCAAUACAGCAACAGAUACAACCACCAAAUGUAUAUUCAGCAAAAUAUUUACAAUCAUUGAACAAUAAACAACCACAUGAAUAUGUGGAUGAUAUUGAACCAUUAUUACAAGAUCAGAAUCAAUUAAAGUAUAUUCCAAUACCAAUCCAAGAACCAAAACCAACAAAUAAAGUACAACAACUACCACAAGAACAACCAAAGAAUAUAAAUCAAGGUCUCAAUUUCAAUACGUUUUUACCGCCACCAACACCACCUACAUUAUCUAAUGGAUCACCAGAGUGGCAAUCCAGUCCAGAACCACGUAGUCCUUCCCCAGGAAGAGCACCAUUACAAAACAAUCAAGAUAUCUCACCAACUAGAAAUGUCCAACAACAACAAAACCAGUCAUUUUAUACACCAUUAUUCAAUACAAAUACAUUGGAACAAAUUAAACAAAUACAAGAUCAACAACAAUACUUACAAUUACAAUAUCAACAAAAUCAACAACAAAAUUUAUCUUCACCAUAUUCAACUAUAAAUUCAUCACCAGUAAGAUAUAAUGAAGUAACACCAGUAAAACAAAAUCCAAAUUUAAAUUAUACACCAACUAAACAAAUACUUGAAUGGUCCCCUGUAAUCUCACCAAAUUCAAAACAAUCAUUAUCAAAACAAAUCAAAAAUACAUCAUCGAGAAUAAGAAUUAAGAAAACAAGUUUGUUACCACCGGGUGAAUUGGAUAAUUAUUGGAUUGGACCAGAUGAAAAUAAAAUAUACACAUGUACUUAUAAAAAUUGUGGUAAGAAUUUCACAAGAAGAUAUAAUGUAAGAUCACAUAUACAAACACAUUUAUCUGAUCGUCCAUUUGGUUGUGUUUAUUGUCCAAAGAGAUUUGUAAGACAACAUGAUUUGAAUCGACACGUUAAGGGUCAUAUGGAAGCAAGACAAAGUAAAUGUCCAUGUGGUAAAGAAUUUGCAAGAAUAGAUGCGUUAAGAAAACAUCAAGAAAGAAAUAUAUGUAUUGGUGGUAAACAAGGGAUUAUAUCAAAACCAAAAAAAAAAGAAAUGAUGAAAUUGAAUGAAGGAUCAACUAAUAAAAUAUUGGAUAGCUUGAAAAUGGUGGUUCAAGAAGAAAAUGAGAAUAAUAAUGUUUUUAAUUAA